AGAAGCUCUCUUGAUAUGCCAUGGCAGCCCCCUAGUGCCAUCAUGUCAGCACCGCGACCCUUUGCUUCUUCCCUCGCCCCCGCAAUGAUAGCCAUGACGCUCGUCGGCCUCGUCUGCCGCUAAAGCUGCUAGCCUAUUGGACGCGCAUCAGGUUCCCUCGCUUUGACCAACGCCAUCUGCCCACUGCCUCACACCCAUUACUCUUGCUGGGUUCACCUGCGCCGGUCAGGUGCGUCAGGCUGCCCCAUGCAUAGGUUGAAGAACAAGCUGCUGGCCCCCCAUCGUCGGGAUCGACGGCAAGACGACAUGGACAAGCUACGAGAGCCCAAGCUGUCUCCCAUCGCAACUGGGGGCUUCAGGCAUUGGGCCGUGGCUUUCAUCGUCUGCAACUUCAAUGUUGACAUAGGUCCGGAAAUCGAGAUUCUCUACCCGCCUCACAUCCCCUUCUCCACGAGCGACUUGAGCGCAAUUUGUUUCAACAGCUUCCCAGAGCAACAAAACACAGAAACCGCCGAGGAUCUUUGCUACGACUUUGCCAUUACCAACAAUUCGCCUGACAUCCAGCUCACCUCGCCCAACGCGCCCCAUGGCAGCGCAGUCACCUUCUAUGCCUCAUGUAUCUUCCGCCAAGAGUUUGACGAUACCAUGAAGAGGAGCUUCAACCAAAGAGCCCUAGUCUUGAUUUCCCAUCACAACUUUACCGCCUUGAACCACCGCAUCUUACAAAAGAUGACAGAAUCAGGCCAUCUCAGUGAUCCAACCACUCUGGAAGCGGCAUACAAGCAAAUGAACAAUUGGAUGCCCCCAGCCCUUGGCCACCAUAACCUACCUUUUUUGGGCAGUAUGUUGAGACUGGACAUUGCACCACAUCGUGCUUUUCCCUUGCAAGGCCUUCCAGGUCCCAAUCCUCUGAUGUCCGACACUGCUCAAUCCAUCUAUGCCUAUGAACCGAUUGGAUACUGGGACAGCAUCAUGCACUACAUGCCUUGCAUCACCGACUUAUAUGUACUCUACGAGAAGUUAAUACUGUGUGAAAGCGUCAUCGUCAUCGCAAAGUCUCCACAACUAGCGAGCGAGGCUGUGUCUUCGCUUCUUGACCUCAUCUGCCCGGUCCCCUAUGCUGGCGUGGUUCGGCCGUAUAUGACUAUGCAAGCAAAUUUCAAAAGUAUCGGUAUCGAUGGUGGCACCCCAACAUCCUUCAUUGCUGGUGUCACCAAUCCUUUUCUACUGAAGCGCAUCAUUGCCGCUGUUGAGGCCAGUCACCAAGCCCGGCCGCACAUAUUGUACCUGCAAAACUUUGAUGGUCCUGUACCCAUGCGUCGUCACCAUUCGCUACAUCACAAAUCAAGCCGCAACGCACUUCUCGAUCUCCCGGGUGGUGGUAUCGAAGUCCACACUCCCCCAAAACGCUUUCUCAAAUCGGACCCAACUGUAGUAUCGCAAAUUGACGCUUUGCUCAAGCUUGGGGAUCAAACGCAAGACCUGGGACCCAUUAUACGUCGACACUUUGCCGAGUUAACCGCUCAAUUCAUCGCGCCUAUCAAUCGCUAUCUCGCAACGUCCCAUGUCGUGACACCCGGAGGCAACAGUAGGUAUGCCAGCUUCCAGGUACGAGAAUUUUUGAGCAGCGUUAGCAAACACGGGACCAGUGUCAAAUUCCGUGGGUCAAAUCCACUACAAAGGCAUCGCGCAAGAGAUGGCAUGUACGAGACAUUUUGCAACUCGCCAAACUUUUACUCGUGGCUCGAAAUGAAGAUAUCGCUAGAGAAUGAAGCUUCGGCUGGGAUGUUGAACGCGCCGGUGGUGCAUUCGGGCUAAGCGGACUGGGGUUGUGCUGUAUGAGCAAGAUGGUUGACGCUGAAGUGCAUAUAAGGAGGAUAUAAUAUACCCUAUGGCGAAGGUGGCUAGGAGAAUCAGUGCUGGACGGAACGUAAUCACGGGUCAUGUAUACCAUAUUUUUGGACCAGGUGGCUCUAGCUUAUAAUCGCUUGAUAGAUCAGCGAGAUUAACUCACUCUACAAAUAGAGAUUUUUUAUCUGUAC